UUGACUACGUACCAUCAAUAUUCAAUAAUAAUUUAUUGAAAAAAAGACAGAAAUGGAAGUGGUAAUCUACAAGAAAGAAAAUGUGAAGCCAUCCACCCCAACCCACGAGUCCUUGAGAAUCUACCAAUACUCUCUUCUCGACCAGAUCUUCGGCGUCCUAUACAUGCCCGUCGUCUUCUUCUACCCCGGCGGCGGUUCCCACCACGACUACGACAAGCUCAGAGAAUCGCUCGCGAGGGCGUUGUCGGUUUGGUACCCGCUCGCCGGGCGGACGAGGGGCGACGGGUCAUCGGUUGUGGAGUGCAAUGACGAGGGCGCGGACUUCGUCCGCGCCAACGUUAGGAAUUUUGGCUUGGCCGAGUUUCUCCGGCGCCCGGAGCAGCCUCUUCUCCGGCAGCUGUUCCCGCGGAAUCCUUAUCCGGUGGCUUUUGAUCCUACCCAACCCAUGUUAGCAGUUCAGGUAAACAGAUUCAAGUGCGGCGGAACAGCGGUGGCGAUAUGUCUCUGGCACGGCCUAGCCGACGGCGCCGCGCUCUCCGGAUUCCUCCAAACCUGGGCGGAGAUCAACCGAGACCAAAGAUCCCCGACCGCCGUCCCACCACAUUCUGUGGUCGCGGACGCCGCCGCCGUUUUCCCGCCGGCGAAAAUCGACGUCACCAAGUUACUAUUCUCCACCGUCGCACAAAGAAACAAAGCUCGGGUAAGAUGCAUCGGGAAAAGAUUCAUCUUCCCCAAGCACGAGAUCGAGAAGCUCAAAGACAAGUACUCCGACGGCCGCCGCCGCCCGACGCGGGUGGAGGCGUUGUCGGCGUUCAUAUGGGCCGCCGUGAUAAGGGCAACCUUAAAAGCCAAUUGUAAUUUCAAGGCGCACUUCUUGCUAAACACUGUGGAUUUGCGAAGGAGGAUGAAUCCGCCUUUCCACCCCACGUGCUUGGGAAACAUCUUUUUAUCAUCCGCCGCACGGUGGGAGAACAAUGCGGCGGCGGCCGCCGCCAUUAGUGGCGGCGAUAAAUCACUUGUAGGAAAAAUCCGCGAAGCCAUUGGGAAGGUGACAGACGACUAUGUGAGGGAAAUGUUUGAAGGGGGUGGGUAUCUCAAGACAUUAGUAGAUGAAAGAGGUGGAGAUGACAACCAAUUUUUCAGCAUAAGCACUUGGUUUAAAUUUGAGUGUCUCAAGGUUGAUUUGGGAUGGGGAAAGCCAAUUUGGCUUGGGCCAGGUAAUAAUCUUGACGACUUGGCUCUUUUGUUGGAUGAUGUUGAUGGGGGCAUUGAAGCAUGGAUUGGGUUGCAGCCACAAGUCAUGUGUCACUUGGAGAAAGAUCAUGAGUUUCUUGCCCAUGUAUCUCUUAGUCAAGUUGUUUCCGGCUCAGACUUGUUGAUGACAACGUCUCGACUUUAGUUUGCUACUUGGGAUAUGAAGAAAAUAAAAACACUCUUACGACAUACAAUGAUCUUUAAUUUUUGUAAUAAAUAUCUUCGUGAUUUAUGUGCUACUCUUGGUAUUAAGAGACAAAAAAAUUUUACUUUCCCCAACAAAGGCAGCGUUCCGUU